UGACAAGCAGCCCUGGAGAAGCAGAGGAACUGGAGGCUUGCGUCAGCUGAUCGUCCGUGGUUAUUAUUGUUAUUAUGAAGAUUAUAACGCUUCAUAGCGCUGCAGCGGCUUUAUUAACGCAGUAGUCAGGAUGCUUCCUGCGCGUUUAGUUUAGUUAGCAGGUCUAGCGGAACUAGCCUGGUUGUUCAGCGGGUUUAACUUAGUUAACCUAGUUGUGGUUAGUGACUAGAGCUUUGCUUUAGAAGAGGAAGAGGAAGAGGAAGAUGAUGUUUGGGACAGCUGGCAUGGCCGGAUAAACACACAUGUGAUGGAGGAAUGGCGUGUUGAUGGAGAAUUAGAGUCGCAGUGAAGACAUUCAGGCUUUGCUGCAGCUCUUAGUGUGUGUGUGUGUGUGUGUGUGUGUGUGUGUGUGUAAGGGGUGUCAGGGUGCUAUGGAGGCUUGGGAUGGUUCAUAGCUCGCGUGUGUGUGUGUGUAUUCGGUCAGAUCUCGGUGUUAGUGCUUCGAUCAAGGUUUAAAGUGGUGUUGGCAUGGACAUGAAGAGAUGGACACACACACACACACUCCUUCAUAUGAAUACACACACACACACUCUCUCUCUGCAGCUGUGGGCAAGGUGACUUCUUUGCAUAAUCCUCAUUUGCACGAGUGAUUUUUUUUUUUCGGGACUGUGGGAUCUGAUAUUAGUCUACUGGAGAGCUGCUGAUGGUCAGUGGAUGGUCAGGGCUUCUGGAGGAGAGAGAGACUCUGAGAGGUUUUAUUAGAGCCUGAGCCUGAAGUGUGCCGACGGAGGACGGAGCCGAGCCGAGCCGAGCCGAGCUGGAGGACGACACCGAGGGAACCAUGAAGCCUGAGAGAGAAGCGGCGGAGGAGUUUUUUGAGUAUGAUGCCGAGGAGUUCCUGGUGUCCCUCACACUCCUGAUCACAGAGGGCCGGACGCCGGAAUGUUCCGUGAAAGGUCGAACCGAGGGCCUGCACUGCCCCCCCGCGCAGUCCGGUGGACCGGUCCUCACUAAACACGAAUGCAGCGACAAACUGCCUCAGUGUCGUCAGGCGAGGAGGACGAGGUCAGAGGUGAUGUUGCUAUGGCGAAAUCACAUCCCUAUCAUGAUUGAAGUGAUGCUGCUGCCUGACUGUUGCUACAGCGACGAGGGUCUGGCCACGGAUCUGAACGACCCGGCGAUUAAACAGGACGCACUGCUGCUGGAGAGAUGGACACUACAGCCUGUCCCGAGACAGAGCGGCGAUCGGUUUAUCGAGGAGAAGACGUUGCUGUUGGCCGUCCGUUCCUACGUGUUUUUCUCUCAGCUGAGUGCCUGGCUCAGCGCCUCUCAUGGCAUCGUGCCCAGAAACAUCCUCUAUAGAAUAAGUGCAGCCAAUGAAGAGCUGAUAUGGAAUUUCUCCCAGUCACCCUCGGAGCACGCCUUCCCAGUUCCCAACGUGUCCCACAGCGUAGCACUGAAGGUGCGGGUUCAGUCAUUGCCCCGCCAGCCCAAGUACCCUGUGUUGAAGUGCAGCAUCCACUCCGACCUCUCAUUCCUUGGCAAACGUCCCCUUGACCCUGCCGAGGCUCCAUUAGUGGGCGCAUAUAGUCGGGGUCAGACCGUCAGUGACCCUCCAAACCCCCUCAGACUCCAGAGUUCACCACUUUUAUGCAGAUCUCUUCGUUCCUCAUUACCUUCUCAUGACAGAACCAGCCCUCUGAACCAGCGUAAAUGCCCCGAAUCGCCCAUCCUGCCUGGCAAAGCCGCAAAGCUACUGCUCUCUAGAACCAAUGGCGUCUUGGAAAGCACAGGAAAGACACCAAGUGUGGAAUUGCCCUCAUCGUCUUCGUCUCCAACGCGUGAUUUCAAAUCACUCUCAAACACCUUGUUUUCCAACUCUAGCCCAAGUCCUCGCGCUUCCUCGGCCGAAACCAACCCCUUGAUUGGCUCGCUGCUCCAGGAGAGGCAGGAAGUGAUCGCCCGCAUCGCACAGAGGCUGAAUUUCUGUGACCCCACAUCACCUCAUCUUCUUCCCGACUCUCUCUUCACACCUCCAGGGGAUGAAGGGCCAUUUAAGAAGACCAAAGAUCCUCCCAGUCUCCAAACGAACGACAGAAAUGGGACAAGGAAUGGAGAGUGGAGCCAGACUUCUUUCUUUCAAACUCCACUGAGCCCCAGGAGCCGGUCUCGAGUGGACCGAAGUGAACCGGACGAGUCCAGGACGUCACCCAAACCAACGUCCUGCAGGCGGCUUGUGUUGUCGGCUGAUUCAAAAGAAGGUUCUAUGAUCGCUGAAGCUGUUCAGGACAUCUCACGUUUAAUUCAGGAGCGUCUUCAGCUGUCUCAAGAGCUCCUGUACGCCAAAUACAAACAAUGUCGUGAGUCAUCAACACCCACCUCCUCGCAGAACCAAAACCAGACCCAGAACCAUAGACAAAAUCAGAAUCAAAGCCAGACACAAAACCAGAACCACCAGCUUAGAACUAACAGUCACUCUAGCUAUGGUAACGGAACUAUAAACACAGCCAACGGUGAAACCAGCUCAAUCCUUCGGGUUCACACUGAGACACUUGAGAAAAGGACCUUGUCUGAAAACCAGGGCCGGUCUGGACACCUGAACAAAGAACCCAGUAUCACUAAACCUCAACCACUAACACAAACCAGCCAUGCAUACAGUGCCAAAAACGAUCCCUGGAAUUCUUUACACAACAGCCCUAAAAAUUCCCACAGCCUGAACGGAGUGGCAGGAAUCAACGACCUCAACCACCUCCAGGACCUUCAGGACCACCAGUUUGGGAAGGAAAACCUGGGCAGAAGAAGGGUAGAAACACAGAUCCAACCAGAGUAUACCGUGCCUGGUCAGGAUGAGGACCAAGAUCCCUGGUCCUCCCUCUCCAGCACGCCCACCAGCCUUAAUACCCAACACUCCCCGAGCCCAGACUGGACUCUCAACAACACCGCCCACACCACACUGCGAAGCCCCGCCUCCUCACUGAAGCCAUGCAGUAGUAACUGGAAGAAGCAGAACAGACACUCCAUCGAUGGUACGGCCACGAGAGCGUUCCACCCGUGCACCGGCCUGCCCCUGCUCUCCAGCCCGGUUCCUCAGAGGAGAAGUCAGACGGGAUAUUUUGACUUGGACACGUCUCUGACUCAGUGUAAAGGAGCACCGUGGGCCUCCAGUAAAAGAGUGUGUUUGAAGCGAUCUGAAGACUCAGAGGAACCUCAGCAGCUCCUGAGCGCCAGUGCCCCUCCCGCCAGUCUCAGCCUUCUGGGAAACUUUGAGGAGUGUGUCCUAAACUACCGCUUGGAGCCGCUCGGUACUGUCGAGGGUUUCACGGCUGAAGUCGGCGCCAGUGGUUCGUUCUGCCCGAGUCACAUGACCUUCCCGGUAGACGUGUCGUUCUACAGCGUGUCAGACGAUAACGCUCCGUCUCCCUACAUGGGGGUCAUAAACCUGGAGUCUCUGGGGAAGAGGGGCUAUCGAGUGCCUCCAUCAGGAACCAUUCAAGUGACCUUAUUUAACCCCAAUAAGACGGUGGUGAAGAUGUUUGUGGUGAUGUAUGAUCUGAGAGAAAUGCCAGCCGGCCAUCAGACAUUCCUGAGGCAGAGGACUUUCUCCGUCCCCGUCAAACGCGAAUCAAACGGACAAAACCACAGGAAGCCCCUCCCCCCUGGCCAGGGGCGGACCCUGCGCUACCUCAUACACCUGAGGUUCCAGAGCUCCAAAUCUGGAAAGAUCUACCUCCAUCGAGACAUCCGGCUUCUGUUCUCACGCAAAUCUAUGGAAGUGGACAGUGGUGCUGCCUACGAGCUCAAAUCCUUCACCGAGACUCCAGCUGAUCCUCCUUUCUCCCCGAGAUGCUGAUCCACUCACGAGCCGUCUAACUAACGUCCUGUUCCCACUCCAGCACAGGGGCCUUACUGAAGUCUGAUCUCACACACACACACACACACACACACACACACACGUUCAUAUUCUUCCCACUCUUUCUCUAUCUACCAUAUCUCUGUUUCUCACUGUUUUCUCUUUAUUUUUUCCCCUUAUAUAUGUUUUCCUCUUUUCUUCUCUCCUUUCCCUCUAUAUAACUAUUAUUAGACUUUAUUUAUCAUUCUUGUCUUUCUUUCUCCUUUUUGUUUCCUUGUGUCUUGUUUUUUUUCCUUUUCUUUUUCCAUCACUGCUUCUAUUUUAUUUAUUUUUCUAUCACCUGUCUCUCUCUCUCUCUCUCUCUCUCUCUGUCCUCUGUGCUUCAGUGGGGACGUUGAGUUUUUGAUGCAGUUUUGAAGCUCAUCCUCGAGCUUUGGUGCCGUUUGUGAAGGAAAACAAAAAAAAACGUACUGAAGUUUAAAGAUUAAAAAUAUAACCCGAUUAUGGACCUUCUUUUUUUUUAAUGACAGAAUAAAAGCCACCGAUAAGCAGAUGAACAGAAUAAAGACUUUGGAUAGAGCACUGUGUUCCUCCACCCCAACUGGAAAAGGAAAUGAGUCAUAAUCUCCUCUUUCUCUCUCUCUCUCUCUCUCUCUCUCUCUCUCUGUUCUCUUUUAUUUGAUUUUGUACUGUUACCGAACCACUUUAAUCGGAAGUGUUGCAAUAGAGAAAAAAGAAUAUCUUAACUAGCUUAGUGUUUACAUAUUUACUUUGUCAGUUAUUUAAUAUUUAAGAUGAUAUUUCAUUUACUGCACACGUGACGCCUGUCGUGCUCAGCAUUAUGAUGUAGUGCAAUAUGUUUCAAUCAUACCGUGUAUUUUUGACUAAUAUUCAAAUCAGAAAUAAAAGAAAUAUAUCUAUAUCUAUAUAUAUAUCUAUGAAAAA